UCCCACGUGAAGGAGCAGCUGCGGCUGGCAGAAACUUGCGGGAGGUCUGGGUUGGGGGGUCGGUGGUGGGCUUGUCAUCGCCGUGUCCUCGGGCCCCGUGGGCAGGAUGAGGUCGUCUUGCGUGGUGCUCGCCGCGCUGCUGGCGCUGCUGGCCUACUACGUGUACAUCCCGCUGCCCAGGUCCAUCUCCGACCCCUGGAAGUUGAUGCUGCUGGACGCGGUUUUCCGGAGCGCGCAGCAAGUGAGCAACACCAUACAUUACCUGGGGCUGACCCACCACCUGAUCGCUCUGAAUUUUCUCAUCGUUUCCUUUGGCAAGAAAAACGCCUACUCCACUGCGAAAGUGAAGGUGGCGGACACCAACUUUGAUGGGGUCGAGGUCAGGGUGUUUGAAGGCUCUCCGAAACCUGAUGAGCAACUGAGGCGGGCUGUGGUCUACAUCCACGGAGGCGGCUGGGCCUUGGCAAGCGCAAGUAUGUCCCUGUCACCUUCAGGGAUCAGCCACUACGAUGAUCUGUGCACGGCAGUGGCUGAGGAGUUGAAUGCUGUCAUUGUCUCCAUUGAAUACAGGCUGGUUCCACGGGCUUACUUUCCUGAGCAAGUUUAUGAUGUUAUCCGCGCCACGAAGUAUUUCCUGCAGCCGGAAGUCUUGCAGAAGUAUAAGGUGGACCCAGACAGAGUCGCGAUUUCUGGUGACAGUGCUGGUGGGAAUCUGGCCGCUGUCCUUGGACAACAGUUUACUUAUGAUGAUAGCCUAAGAAAUAAGCUCAAAGUGCAAGCAUUAAUCUACCCAGUCCUCCAAGCUCUGGAUUUCAACACACCCUCUUAUCAACAAAACAAGAAUAGCCCAAUCCUGCCCCGCCAUGUCAUGGUCAAAUACUGGGUGGACUACUUCAAAGGCAAUUAUGACUUUGUGGAGGCUCUGAUAGUGAAUAAUCACACUUCUCUGGACGUAGAAAGGGCCACUGAACUCAGGGCCCUUCUAAACUGGACGUCCCUCUUACCUGAGUCCAUCACAAAGAACUACAAGCCCGUCGUGCAGACCAAGGGCGACACCAGAAUAGUCCAGGAGAUCCCUCAGCUGCUGGAUGCUGCGUCUUCCCCACUCAUUGCAGACGAGGAAGUCCUUCAGCGCCUCCCUAAGACCUACAUCCUCACAUGUGAGCACGACGUGCUAAGGGAUGAGGGCAUCAUGUACGCCAAGCGUUUGGAGAGCGCGGGUGUGGAGGUGACCCUGGACCACUUUGCCGACGGCUUCCACGGAUGCAUGAUCUUCACCAGCUGGCCCACCAACUUCUCCGUGGGAAUCCGGACUAGGGAUAGUUACAUCAAAUGGCUAAAUCAAAACCUGUGACCGAACAAACCUGUCCAAGGCCUGGCCUCUCAGACUGCCUAUGCUUGCUUUGGACCAGUGUGGACUUCCCAUUUACGUCCCCUUCUUAUUUCUUGUCAGCUUUAGAAUCUCUGAACCCCGUGGACUUUAUGAUAAUUCAACUUUUAAAAGUGAAUCUAACAAGUACAAAACCAUCUGAACUUGUUCCCAGAGAGGACCAGUUCUCUGUUCUUUGUUGUAGCCCGUUACCACAGAUGGCCACAGGAGCAGGAGGCAGGACCAGGAGUAGCAUAUAGCCUCGGGCCCUGCCUUAAAUGAAAUCAUCACGUUCUUCCCCUGAGCAGCUUUUCUGGCUGUGGGUGAGGCGAUGGAGAACCUCUGAGAAGUUAGGAAAGCAAGAACUCCUCUUCAACUCGCCAGAGUUGACCCUGGGUGCAGAGCAAGGUUAGGUUCACGCCUUUGGGUCAGUGCUAGGGACCACGUGCCCGCCCUCCAUUCUUUGAGGGCUGCUUUGUUUCCCAUGGGACUUUAGGAAAGGUUUUCUAGCAAGGCAGGCUUAUCAAAAGCCUUUCUGCUUGGAGUGUGUUAAUUUUCUGAGUUGGGUUAAAGUGAUACUUGAAAAUUACUCUCUGUUCUUAUGAGAAAACAAGGAUGCAUGCACUGGCUAUCUCUGGGGGAAAUCUUUCAGAACAAAUUUGUUUAGAUUUAGAGCAUGUUUCGUUACGAAAUAACUUAGCUUAAUGUUUCAUAAGACUACUCCUGGAAGAGCAGUGUGUAAAUAUUUGGUAUAAUCAAGAAAUUAAAUACAUUUAAUAUGACUUUAGAAUAAUAAAAAAAAUACCUUUAGAAAACCUAGUUCAAUCUUGAAAGAAGGUCAGUUCACACUUGAAAACUCAAUUUUUUUUUUCAGGCCAAUAGCUAUAAAGUGGAACUAUUUUGACAUAAUGUAUUGUUUAUUUUUUAAAGUUACUUAAUAUAUAUAGAUAGGAUUUUUCUGAAAGCCAACAACUACAAAGAAAAUAUAAGAUAAAGGUAUAUUUUAAAAAAAAUCCAUACAGUUCUAGCCAAAUUAAUUUUAUGGAAGGAGAUAAUAUAAUAAUAGUAUUACCAAAUGUUAGGACUAAAUAUUUUGAUAUUUAUACCUAUAUAAGUUAAAAUAAGUCGAAGCUCUUGACUAUGACUAAAAUCUAUACCUAUAUGUGAAAUCACCCAUGUUUACACGGGCUGGCCAUCCUAUACCUGAAAUCUGACCUACUUAAAAUAUUAGGAACUUGGAGUGUUGAUAUGAUGAUGGUACAAGUGGAAAUUUUGUUUUAUAUGUAAAAUUAUUUAAAAUAUCAUGCAAAGUUACAAGCUGUGCAAAUAAGGUGAAUUCAAAGCCCAGGUUAACGUCUGGGUUAGACUCGAGAGUCCCAGUCUCAAGAUAAUUCAUCAUGUCUUUGCAAAUAUCCCAAAAUUCAGAAAAAAAUCAAAAUCUGAAACACUCCAUUCCCCAACAUUUCAAAGGAGGGAUGCCCAGCCUGCAGCUCAGUAGCUUAGGCAAGGCACGCCCUGCUCACCUCUGCCCUGGACAGCCAGCAGCGCCCCUGGCUCACCCCCAGCCCCUCCUUCCAGCCGCCGAGGCUUGCCUGCUGUCAGGACUUCACCGCCAGUGGGCAUCUUUGGCACAACAAUACAAUUUUGAUUUGGAUUGAGCACUCUGCCCUCCUUUUUGUCACCCUGCUUCUGCCCCAGCCCAGGCUGUGCUUAAGAACCUCAGAAAGCAGCAGUAGAGCUGAUUACGCUACAGUGACCAUGGGAGGAAAAUGGUCUUUCACUCCGUGAAGGACAGGCGUUUGCCACUUCCGGCUUUAAGAUGACAAAUGAAAAUUUGCACACUCCCUCCAUUUGCUUAUUGUAAAAGCUAAUCACAUCUUAUGUACAAAACAGAGGUAAGUAUAUAUAUUUGUGUUUGCUGUGUGUUUAUAUAAAAAUAAGCAGAUGCCAGGUGUGGUGGCGCACGCCUUUAAUCCCAGCAUCCAGGAGGCAGAGGUGGGAGGAUCACUGUGAGGUU